AUCCGCCACCACGUCCACAACAGACAGAGGCAGGGGUGGACUCCAGACAAGUCUGCGCUGCGAGAGUUUGGAUCCAAAACUGCGCGCAGCUCAUGGUCCCUCAAACAAAAGCAAGGAAGAGCAUGAGCUUUGAGAGAAGACUGUGAUCAGUUUUCAUCCGCGCUCUUCUGCGACUGUCACUUUACGGAUCGGCUCUUACGCAUGAUGUGCUGACAAACUUGGAGGUGAAGUUUACGCAGAGAUCUACCGAGGUUCCUUUGCGUUGGUGUAUCAGAGAGAGAAGCGAUGGCCCCGAGGCUGAGGUGUGUGGUUCCGUUGCUGCUGGUGCUGCUGCUGCCAGGAGGACUGGAGGCCACCGAGAAACAGAUCAACCCCGAGUCAUGGCUGCAGCAGUACGGUUACCUUCCUCCUGGAGAUCUUCGCACGCACACCCUGCGCUCGCCUCAGUCUGUCACCUCAGCCAUCGCCGCCAUGCAGAGGUUCUACGGCCUGACUGUCACCGGAACCUUCGACCCCGACACCGUUAAAGCCAUGGAGCGGCCACGUUGUGGCGUGCCUGACAAGUUCGGAGCUGAGCUGAAGACCAACCUGAGGAGGAAACGAUACGCCAUCCAGGGCCUGAAGUGGACCAAGAACGAUCUCACGUUCUCAAUACAGAACUAUUCCCCGAAGGUGGGUGAGUACGAAACCCACGAGGCCAUCCGGAAGGCCUUCAAGGUCUGGGAGAGCGUCACCCCCCUGCGCUUCCGGGAGAUUCCCUACAGCUACAUUCGAGACAAAGUGGAGGAGUUCGCCGACAUCAUGCUGUUCUUCGCUGAGGGUUUCCACGGCGACGCCAGCCCUUUCGACGGCGAGGGCGGCUUUCUGGCUCACGCCUACUUCCCUGGUAACGGCAUCGGUGGAGACACACACUUUGACGCGGCAGAGCCCUGGACCACUGGGAACAAGGAUCUGAUGGGGAACGACGUGUUCUUGGUUGCGGUGCAUGAGUUGGGCCAUGCUCUGGGUUUGGAGCACUCCAAUGACCCCUCAGCCAUCAUGGCGCCCUUCUACCAGUGGAUGGACACGGAGAACUUCCAGCUGCCCGAUGACGACCGGCGAGGCAUCCAGCAACUCUACGGUUCUGGAUACGGCCCUCAGCCUCCACAUGUGACCCCUCGCCCGCCACCUCCGACCCCACAGUCUCCACACUUUCCAGAUAAGCCGAACUUCGGCCCAAAUAUCUGCGAUGGACACUUCGACACCAUUGGUAUCUUCAGAGGAGAGAUGUUCGUCUUCAAGGACAAGUGGUUCUGGCGGGUUCGUAACAAGCACGUGCUGGAUGGGUACCCCAUGCCCAUCGGGCACUUCUGGAGGGGCCUUCCCACUCAUAUUAAUGCUGCCUUCGAGCGGGACGAUGGGAAAUUUGCUUUCUUCAAAGGUGACCGAUACUGGGUGUUUUCCGAGUCCAUCCUGGACACGGGCUUCCCCAUGACUCUGAAGGAGAUGGGCAGUGGACUACCAAAAGACAGAAUAGACGCAGCACUUUUCUACACGCCGACUGGACAGACCUACUUCUUCAGAGGAGACAAGUACUACCGCUUCAAUGAGGUCUCCAAGUCUGUGGACGACGGUUACCCCAAGUCUAUCAGUGUGUGGCAGGGAGUUCCUGACAAUGUCAAAGCAGCGUUCAUGAGCAAGGACCAAGCAUACACAUACUUCUAUAAAGCCAACAAAUACUGGAAGUUCAACAACCAGAUGAUGCGUGUGGAGCCAGGCUACCCCAAGUCAGCCCUUCGCGACUGGAUGGGAUGCCCCAACGAAGACUCCAAGACGGACGGCGGACGAGGAGGCGGGCACGAUAAAGACAAGGAGAGAGAGAAGGAGGAGAAAGACCGAACCAGAGACAGGGAGACGGAGAAGGAGCCAGAAGAGGAGGAGACGGAGGUGCUGAUCAUCGAAGUGGAGGAGGAGAACACGGCGGGAGGAGGCGGAGGGGCAGCGGCCGUGGUGGUGCCGCUCUUCCUGUUGCUGUGCGUGAUCCUAACACUGGCAGCGCUGGUGUUCCUGCGCCGGUACGGCACGCCACGCCGGCUGCUCUACUGUCAGCGAUCUCUACUGGACAAGGUGUAGAUGCAGAGAGGGAGGACGGGCAGAAAGAAGAGAGGAGCAUACAUCAGGGGAGCGAAGCAAGAAACAUAUUUACCACUGUCUUUUGCUCUAUCACCACUUCAUUUCCCUCUCUCUCUCCUCGACGCCAGCUCAUUGCUGUUUGUAUCAUGACUUUUGACGUGUCUGUGUCCCUCUGCUUCGUCUUGCGCAUGCUCCCCACUCAUCUGUCCAGGGUUUCCUUUUCUCUCGUGUCGCUCACUUGCGCACUCCUCCACAGUGGCACACCUCCUCACCCUCCACACCAGAGCACAAACCCCCGUCUGUCCAAGUGCUUCUCCGCUUCCUCACUAGUGAUGGUGAAUGCUGUUGUCAUUAUUAUUUUAACUAUUACUAUUGUUGUUGUUGUCCUUCGUGUAAAGAAUGUGUUUUGUACAUCGACAUUAAAAAGUCCUGCUGGACAGCGACAUACAGUUUUAAAAGUGGCCUUAAUUUUAUAUGUGGGAACAGUGAAGGGGGCGGGGCUUUUGUGACCUUGAAACUUGAUUGUUUUUAUUUUAUAUAUAUAUAUAUUUCUUGACACAAUUUUUAAAUGAAAAUAAAUCUAGAGACAUGAAAUGACUCUUUUUUGUCAUUGUACUUGUUUACAUUUUGGUGCUAGAUAUCAGGCAGAGCAGUUUCGCAACAAUGAUAAUAAUACUAGUGAGAAUGAUAAUAACCUGGUGGGUCCUCGGUGAGAUUGUGUCUGUCCUCAUCACCUC